UCUUCCAGGUCGGUGUUCCAGCCUCCCCGUGAGGGUGGCCGCAUGGGCCACGGCUUCUUGCGCGGUCUCUUAGCGUGGUCGCUGCGGCCUCCACCCCUCCGAAUCCGGCGCUGCAUGCUCGGCCCAGAGUCCACCCCACCCCCCAAACGACCCCGAAGCAAGUUAAUGGCACCGCCUCGAAUCGGGACACAUAACGGCACCUUCCACUGCGACGAGGCGCUGGCAUGCGCAUUGCUUCGCCUCCUGCCGGAGUAUCAGGAUGCAGAGAUUGUGCGGACCCGGGACCCCGAAAAACUAGCUUCGUGUGACAUCGUGGUGGACGUGGGUGGCGAGUAUGACCCUCAGAGACACCGAUAUGACCAUCACCAGAGGUCUUUCACAGAGACCAUGAGCUCCCUGUCCCCUGGGAAGCCUUGGCAGACCAAGCUGAGCAGUGCGGGACUCAUCUAUCUGCACUUCGGGCACAAGCUCCUGGCCCAGUUGCUGGGCACUAGUGAAGAGGACAGCGUGGUGGGCACCCUCUAUGACAAGAUGUACGAGAACUUCGUGGAGGAGAUUGAUGCUGUGGACAAUGGGAUCUCCCAGUGGGAAGAGGGGGAGCCUAGAUAUGUACUGACCACUACACUGAGUGCCCGGGUUGCUCGACUUAAUCCCACCUGGAACCAGCCCUACCAAGACACUGAGUCAGGGUUCAAGCGUGCAAUGGAUCUGGUUCAAGAGGAGUUUCUGCAGAGACUAGACUUCUACCAGCACAGCUGGCUACCGGCCCGGGCUUUGGUAGAAGAGGCCCUAGCCCAGCGAUUCCAGGUGGACCUAAGUGGAGAGAUAGUAGAAUUGGCAAAAGGUGGAUGCCCCUGGAAGGAACAUCUCUAUCACCUGGAAUCUGUGCUGUCCCCCCCGGUGGUCACCUUUGUUAUCUAUACUGACCAAGGUGGACAGUGGCGGGUACAAUGUGUGCCCAAGGAGCCCCACUCAUUUCAAAGCAGGCUGCCUCUGCCAGAGCCAUGGCGGGGUCUUCGGGACAAAGCACUGGACCAGGUCAGUGGGAUCCCUGGCUGCAUCUUCGUCCAUGCCAGUGGCUUCAUUGGUGGGCACCAAACCCGAGAAGGUGCCUUGAGCAUGGCCCGUGCUACCUUGGCACAGCGCCCAGUGCCUACGCCUCCCACAAAUCCCUCGGUUCAAUAAAACUUCCUCUAUCUCA